AGGCGCAAAGGACAUAAGGCGAGGAGGGCGGUGGAGUGAGCAUCUUUGCGUGAUGUCUCUAAAAUGCGCAGAAUAACAGAUCCUCUUAUCAUUCCAUCGGCCCUGGAGCCUAUUUAAAGUCUCAGAACUGAGAGCGAGAAGGACUACAUCCAGUCAGAUCCUACUGAACAACACGUUCUACCUUUUUCCCCCCAAACUAUUGAUCCUCUUUCCCUAAACACGUCGCCAAGAUGAUGAUUGGAAACAAAUACUGGGCAAAGAGGGGGAUGUCGUUGGACUCAGCCUUAUUGGAGGGGAAUCAGAUAAAUAAAGUAUCUCACAGCAAAUGUGAAGAGAAGAAAGGUAACAAAGAAAAUGGCAAGAAUGAAGCGACCAGGGCCACACUUAUGUUUGCUUUGAAAAAUGAAGUUGGUGGACUGGUGAAAGCCCUCCAGAUCUUUCAAGAGAAGCACAUCAGCCUCAUUCAUAUAGAGUCCAGAAAGUCAAAGAGGAGAGAUUCAGAAGUUGAGAUAUUUGUGGACUGCUACAGCACCAAAGAAGAUUUUAAUGAGCUGAUUCAGUUACUAAGGGCCCAUGUAAACAUUGUUUCAUUGAAUCUACUGACCAGUAACUGGAUGGAGGAAGAAGAGAUGAGUGGAGUUAUCUGGUUUCCAAAAAGGCUUUCUGAAUUAGAUAAGAGUUCCCAGAGAGUCCUGAUGUAUGGAUCAGACCUAGACGCAGACCAUCCAGGCUUUAAAGAUAAUGUCUACAGAAGGCGAAGAAAGUAUUUUGUGGAUGUUGCCAUGAAUUACAAAAUUGGUCAGCCCAUUCCCAGAGUUGAAUACACCGAGGAAGAAAUUAGGACCUGGGGAAUGGUGUUUAGAGAGCUGACAAAACUUUACCCAACUCACGCGUGCCAAGAGUACCUCAAGAAUUUCCCUCUCCUAACCAAGCAUUGCGGCUACAGAGAGGAUAAUAUCCCACAACUGGAAGACGUGUCUGCAUUUUUGAAAGAACGAUCAGGCUUCAUGCUGCGGCCAGUGGCUGGAUAUUUGUCCCCAAGAGACUUUUUAGCUGGAUUAGCUUUCCGGGUUUUCCAUUGCACUCAGUACGUGCGGCAUGGCUCAGAUCCGUUCUACACCCCAGAACCUGAUACGUGUCAUGAGCUGCUGGGACAUGUGCCCCUGCUGGCAGAGCCAAGUUUUGCAGAGUUUUCACAAGAACUGGGUCUCGUGUCUCUUACUGCAUCAGAUGAAGAUGUUCAGAAAUUAGCCACUUGCUAUUUCUUCACUGUUGAGUUUGGGCUGUGUAAGCAAGAAGGACAGCUACGUGCUUAUGGUGCAGGACUUUUGUCUUCUAUUGGGGAACUAAAGCAUGCGUUGUCGGACAAAGCGGUCGUCAAACCAUUUGAUCCAAAGACGACCUGUAACCAGGAGUGUCUCAUCACCACCUUCCAGGAAGCCUAUUUUUUGUCAGAAAGCUUUGAAGAGGCCAAGGAGAAAAUGAGGGAAUUUGCAAAGUCAGUCAAACGCCCAUUUUCUAUACGCUAUGAUCCAUAUACCCAAAGCAUUGAAAUGCUGAAAGAUUCCAGAAGCAUUGAAAAAGUUGUUCAAGGCAUCCGGAGUGAUCUCGCCACUGUGUGUGAUACUUUAUCAAAGAUGAACAAAUACUUUGGAAUUUGAUGGCAUGCACAUAGAUCUCAUAUCCAUUUUGGUGUAAACACUGCUAGCAGAUAUGACACUGAAUACUGUGAUGUAACCUGUUUGCAGAAAUAUUUGUAAAUUGUUUGGAUGUUCUAGUGAAGUUUCAUCUGCUCUAGGAUGUGUUCCACACCACCAAGACACAAAAGAAUAUAAUGGAAAACUCAAUCAAUUCUGUUAAUUUAACAAAAGAUUAUUAAAUUAUCGACCCAUUCCACUGCUCAAAGGUUGAUCACAAAAUGUCAGCAUCUUGUGUAGUUUUAUUUGAGAGAGAAUGCAAUAAAUUACAAUCUGUGGACCUGAUUACAUUCCCAGUAAAAUCUGGCACAAUUAACUAUCUGAAGAGUGGUAAUUUAUAUUGAUGUCAGUAGUGAUGGCCUAAAAAGGGAUAAUAUAAAAAGACCUAUUUAUGCUUCCAAGAAAUAAUAAUUUUAUAAUAUUUUUAUAAUAAAAUAAUGUCCUUCUCUAAAAUAGAUUCUAGAAACUAGAAAAACAGAAUAUUUUUUGAAAGAUGAAGAACUAGUAAAUGUUGGUACAUAUGGGAACCUUGACCUUGCUGCUCAACAAAAAGCAAAUGGUGAACUGAAGGUGCAGAAAGCAAAUGAAAUGUCGGGCUUUAUUGCAAAAUGGUUGGAGUCUAAAUGUAAGCAGCCGAGGAAAAUCUUCAGCAGUUUUUCUUUUUGC